AUGUCUGGAGCACGUGAUUUACAUGAUGUGGAGAAGACAAAAGAGGGAAAAACAGACACAUUCAGUACGUGGAGUGGGACAGAGCUUGCAAAGCCAGGUUUGCAAAGCUUAGAAGAGUUCAAUAUCCGCUUUAGCAGAUACGUCAAUCGAACCCGAACCUUUGACCAAAGUAACACUUCAUUUGGGAAGCAACUGGAGAGUCUGCGGCAGGUCAGAGAGCUCGCGGGCCUUGAGGAUGUAUUUACUGACCAGAUUCAGCAGAACCAGCAGAGAAUCUGGGACCUGCACAAUGAGCUUAACCAUCUAGAACAGGAGCUGAAGGAUGCACAGCGGGCCUUGGAUGACUAUCGCACCAAAUACAGGACUGAAUGUGAACAUCAUGAAAAACUGCAGGAUGGUGUUGCAAACCUAAUUAAGGAUACAAAUGAAGCUUUACUGAAGAAUCUGGAACUCCAGGUCCGUACUCAGUUCCUGAAGGAAGACAUUGACUCUACUAAAGAAAGAAACAUGAAGAAUCUAGCUGAGAUUCAGAGCUACAUGAAUGUCCUGAAGCAAGUCCACCAGCCCACAAGUUAUGAUUCACCAGCCACAUUAAGCUUUGAGGAUGCAAUGCAAGAGCAGGGAGCCAGGAACAUGGAGGGGCAUUAUUUGGAACAGAUGCAGUCAUACAAUGAGCAAAUUGAAGAUCUGAGGAAGAAGACAGAAGAAGCUGAGACAAGUUUGGAAAUGUGCGCCAAUGAGUGUCGACAAGUUGUUAUAUACCAACAAUCAUUGGAAAAUGAGCUGGAACGCUACAAACAGUUUGUUGCAGAUGAAGAUUACCAAUUGGAAUCCACAAGCCCUUUGGCAACAAGUUCUCAAUACAAGUUUGGACAAGAUUUUCCAGAGCGCAAAGGUGCCAGUGAAGAAGAAAAGGUGCUGGAAAAGUAUUCAGAAACUGGAAAUGUGGAAGAUAAUGAGGAUAAAGAGGGAGUCUGGGAUGUAGCCCUGGAUGAUGUACCAGAUGGAGCACAGAUAAGUAGGGUUUAUGAUGCAUUGUGUAACGUAGUGAGAGAGAGAAUGAAAAAGUACAGGAAACCAGAAGUUCCUGCAGCAGAGUUCUAUGCCAAAGGGCACCGUGUGCUGGUUACAGGUGAAGCCAGUUAUACGGACCCAUUCUUCUGUGCCUCAGUUCCUGCAAGAAGUCAAGUUACCGUAACUUUUGAUGAUGAUGACCACCAUCUCGGUACCAUGGACAUUCAACCCAAACCAGACCUACCUACACCAUUAAGCUACAAUGGAAAUGGUGAUGGAGAAAAAGGAUUUGACUCCACUACUGAGAAAGGUGAAGAUAAGGUUGAAGAUAAAGAGCAAGAUGAUGAAAUAUCAGAUGCUGACAGAGAACCCAAAAAGCAACCACUUUCACCACCAGCACCACCCCCAAUUUCACCACAACCAAUGCCAGAACCCUCACAAAUCUCAGAUAAUAAGCCAGUACCUAUCAGUGGGCAAUCUGAGCCACACCCUGAUCCGACUGCCCCUGAUGAUUUGGGAUCUAAGUUUAUUAGCAGUCACAAAGAACAGAAAGAUGGUGCGGAACAAACCAGGAUUACCAUGCCAACACAGCCAGUGACAUCAGAUAAGAAGCAACAAAAGGAGCCGAUGUAUAAAUACUAUGAAAAAAUAGAAGUGAUCGAAGCAGUUGAGACAUUUACAGACAAUAAACUGCAAGGUUAUGAAGAAACCGCCACAAUUGUUGAAACCACUGUAGAAAAGGCAAAUCAGGAUAGGAAAGCAAAGAAACUUUAA